AUGUCGACCGUAGUGGCUUCAGCUGCGGUUGCUCCGAUGCCUUCACUCGACCGUAAUCUGAGCCCGAGAAGCUAUCCACCACUGGCGCCCUCUACGAGUGUCACACCCAGAGACAGGAACUCGGACUCGGGCAUGCCUUCAGAGGUGGCCAUACCCGCGAAUGCCAACGAGAGAACGCCAUCAGAUGGGAAGAGAUCUCCAAGAUCACUUCGGAGUUCCGACCACCCCAAGAUCAUUGUAAAGAAGGAACCUCCUUCAUCCCCCUCCCUUCAGACAACUCGUCACAGGCCUAAAAAGUUGGACCUGAAUACAACUGGCGCCUUACUUGCAAAUGUGAACUCUCGGCCAUCAGCUACGCCACUGACAGCGAGAGACGGGUUGGUAGUGCAGGAUGUCGGCCUCGCCUGCUUGUCCCCCGGCUUCCAAACCCAAGACCCGGCAAUGCGCGAACAGCUGGAGCGUAGUAUGUCUGUCAGGGACCAGCAACGCUCCAUAAUUCAAGCACGACUUCUCAAAUCUGCACGGGGAGAUGGGCCAGAUACCGGAAAGACGAGCGAGCCAGCAACGGCAACCACUUCCAAGACACCUGCAGCUUCUUCUAAGAAAAGGCCCCCACCUGGUUUAUCGAUUGUGCCCCCUGCAGCCGAACGCUUUGCCAACGAACGUGUCAUUCAAUCCGCGCCCCUAAAUCAAACCUUUACCGGCAGACACGAGGCACCACCAUCUAGACAAAUCAAUGACCACAUUGCCAACUCAUCACAAACUCACAUCCAUCAUGUACCUGCAAUCCAAACAAAUAACCGACUUCCUCCCAUUGCCGACGUGUUUGGAGCCAGUGAGCUCAACCCGGGUCCUGGCCGACCGUCCUUUCUACAUGCAAACUCGACCCCCUCUCACGGCCAUGGACCUCCUCUCCCUUCGCCAGGUUUCCCGCCGCAGACUGCUCAUCCCAUGUCGCAGGGAACAGGUCCACACUUUGAUCGACCUCGAGAGUAUCGAUCGGCGGAAGAGGCUGUUCACGAGAUGACUGGCGGACGGGAGGAGCUUUUGCCACGACUUGUCCAUUAUGGCGGUCAUCAACCCCCCACUCCUCCCUCACCUCAUCCUGCUGUGAAGGAUAGUUCGACUCCUCAAAAGUUUUUACCUAACAGCCUUUCGGGACGACGAAGGACCCGUAUGGAAUAUGAAGAAGGUAGCAGCCCACCUCUCGGUUCCGGACGAGAACGCCUUCGCCAUAGUGGUCCCUUCGGAGAAGGUAGAGACAGCCCUGCCACUCAAAAAGCAAAGAAGGAAGAGUUCUUAAGCUUAUGCGCUCGAGCAUGGGAUCUGUUCCACUCUUGA